AUGGGAGGUAUUAUCAAUACUUUACAUUCUUUAGGUUCUGCUGUUAAAUGGCCUUUCAGGAAUGAGAAGUCGACGGCUCAUCGCGACAAAUCCAAAUGGUGCGAAUUCCAUGGAGACCAUGGGCAUCACACUGAUGAGUGCGUCGCUCUAAGGCGAGAAGUAUCCCACCUGCUGAAGCAAGGAUACCUAAAAGACUUGCUGACGGAGAAAGGUAAGCAGACGGUGUCGAAAGACGGCGACCGACGUCAACCGCCGUCAUCCCCACCGCACGUCAAGGUAAUCAAUGUCAUUAGUGGUGGUUCAGAUAUCUGUGGACUAACAUAUUCUGCAGCUAAGCGGCAUGCACGAGACGGUCUGAAUCAAGACGCCGUCCCUAAAGAACUUCGUCACCCUCGUGACAUCGAGCUGGAAGCCAUGCCAAUCACCUUCGAUGACGCCGAUCUCGGUGACGACAGGGACAUACACCAUGACGGCCUGGUAAUAUCUCUAACUGUCAGUAAUUGCUUGCUAAAACGUGUGUUAGUGGUACAAUGGCAGUUCAGCAAACAUCCUGAUGAAGGCGCUUUAGAGGACAUGGGGAUCGAUGAACGUCGUCAUCCGCAAAUCUACCGUCCUUGUCGGAUUCAGCGGAGAAUCCAAGCACACCAUGGGAGAAGUGACCUGCCCACCUUCGCCAAGGGAGUUAACAUGCCAACUAAAUUUUAUGUCAUUGACUGCCCUUCUUCUUACAAUGUGAUUUUAGGCAGGCCAUGGAUCCAUAGCAUGAAGGCUGUCCCCUCGUCGUUCCAUCAAUCUUUGAAGUUCCCUACCAAGUGGGGAGUGCAGGAAAUCAAAGGGGACAGACGGAUCGCGAAGGAAUGCUACAAGACGUCCUUGAAGCCGAGAAAAUCAGAAGCAUAG